AUGUUUGGUUUCAGACUGAUUCUGGACACUUUUCCGGAGAGAUUUGAUGGGAUCAGGCAGCUGUACCUGGCGCGCUAUUGCUCCGGGAAGUACCAAAGUGAUGUACUGCUGAAGGAGGUCCAAGCCUUGGUAAAAGGUAAAGCCUUGGUACAGCGUGUGAUGAAAGCCAUUGAAAGUCGAGAGGAGGUGCUGCUUCGCCUCAGUGUUUUGCGCAGCGCCUUUGGUGACCUGGAGUUGCGAGAGCCUGGCACCUUGGGAAGGGUCUUAGCAAUGGACCAACAACAAGCGGCACAGGUCCUCCAGUCGCUCCAGGAACUACAGACCGAGGUCAAUCGACUAAGAGGCCGAGAAGCUGAACUGACAGCACAGGUCGCUUCUUUUGGUGCCGGUUCGGCUGCUUCAGCUGGACCUGGCAGUGCACUGGCACAGUUGGUGCAGUCACAAAAGGAGCUUGUGGACGCCCUUAGAUCGAAAGAACAAGUCCGGUUGGUCGACAACAAGGGCCUUGGCAAGCCCGACAAGUUUGAUGGGACAGCCGAAAGAUUCUUGUCAUGGAAAAUCAAGACGUCCUCCUAUCUUGCAAGUGUUCGCAAAGACCUUCGUGAGAUUCUGGUUUGGGCCGAAGAUUGCGAUCAUGCAAUCACUGCAGAUGACAUCGACAAGGCUUUUGGGAGUCAAGCAGAUGCCAUUGACCAGGUGUCGAACAUCAGUGAAUUGAGACGCGAGCUUUGGGACGCGCUGCUAAUGCUGACAGAGCGUGAGCCCUUUGACAUCGUGCUGAACACCGGGGAAUGCGGCAUCGAAAGCUGGAGAAAGCUCACGCGGAGGUACGACCCAUCCACUGGUGGUCGCAAACGCGCUCUCCUCAAUGCAAUCUUGUCACCGGCUCGAUCCAAGAUGGAAGAUUUGCCGUCCAACCUGGAGAAGCUUCUUGACAGCAUCAGACUUUAUGAACGUCGCAAAGACGCAUCUGGCAACCGAACGAUGUUGGCAGAAGACAUCAAGAUCAACGUGAUUGAACGAUUGGUGCCGGCAGAGCUCGAGCGUCAUCUCGUUCUCAAUCGAGAUCGCUUCAAGACGUUCGAGUCCAUGCUGUCCGAGAUCCAGUCCUAUGUGGAACAUGCCACCGGCAACAAGAUCAAGGUGGUGAACAGCCAGCCCUACGACGCACAUGGCCGUGGGGACGAUCCUAUGGAUGUCGGAAGCUUUGGAAAAGAUGCAAAGGGAAAAGGUAAGGGCAAGAAGGGAGCUGGAGGAAAACCUGGAAAGGGAAAUGCAACAGCUGAGAAGAGAACAUGUCACAACUGCGGACGCCCAGGACAUCUGCGGGCAGAUUGCUGGGCACCUGGAGGCCCCAAACAUAAGGGGACGGGUGGCAAAGGCAACAGCAAUCAGAAUAAGGACAAGGGCAAGGGCAAAGGCAGCCCCGGAAAGCACAAGCAGAAGCCCAAAGGAGGCAAAUCUGUGAACAAUGUCGAACAAGGUGAACCAGAAGCAGAAGACUGGGACGCAGCUGAUGGCGACGAUGGUCAACAAGCAGCAAAUGGUUUAACGCUCUAUGGUGUUGAUGGGCCACCGCAUGACGAGGAUGACGACGAAAGUUUCCAGGUCGAUCCCGAGUCCGAGGAGUCGGAAGCCUCGACAAGUCGCAGAAGGUGGUUUUCUUUGCCUCACCCACGUGCGUCAUGGCCUGAAGAGUGGGACGACCCCGACUAUGAUGGACCGAGUGGAUCGAGUGGCUCAAGACCCCUUCGGUCGCUUCGACUGGAGGAGGUCACCGAGCACGAGACCACUACAUCCAAGUCCGCGUCUUCCAAGGCACCUCGAACGCCACAGGGAAGACCCAAGAGGGGCAGAAGUCCAAAGAGCUCAGCACCAAAGAGAGGCAAAGCAAGCAGAUCAGGGCCAGUCACUCCGGAGUCAGCACUCCGACGCUUUCGAAUGACUUCGAUGACACCACCACCAAGGAGAAGGUUGAGGCAUGGGCCACAGACUCCAGAAGAACUUCUUCGUAGCUCUACACCUUUGCCAAAGACACCACCGACACCUAUAGCAUGGCCUGCAUCACCUCCACAACAGCCGAUAGCCUCGCCCAAGACUCCACCAGGACCACCACCAGGAUGGCAAAGCCAAGUAGCUUCACCCAAGACUCCGCCAUGUCCACCACCGGGAUGGCAAAGCUCUCAGGUGAAGCCACCACCACCUGUCAAGGCAUCAUCGGCAGCUUCGACUUCAGGUUCUCGACUUGUCCAGAUGCUGAAGGCUGCGCUGAGUUCACAAAUCCGCAAAGUCCAAGAAGAAGAUCCUGGUUCAGGAGAUGGCCAGGCAGAUGCGAUGUUAGCGGCUUUGAGGACUAGAUCUGUCAAGGCACCGCACAUCACAAAGCAGAACAUCAGCGAUCCUUCUUUCCACGACUCGAGAUACCAUGCCGAGAUUGCCAAAGGUGUUGCACACAAUGUGGCCUGGAGAAAUGAACGUUUGAGAAGACGUGCAAUCGUCCACCGACGAGGAGGAGUCAAGGCACGUGCGGCUGAAAGGAUUCGACUUGACAAAGAAUGGCAUGAACGCUUUGACAACCCAGAAAAUCCAGAAGGCAUAGUGAGAAUCGAGGAUGAAGACAACUUGGAUGCGGGCAUCGAGACGGUGGUUGUGGGCAAAGCUGGUCAGAGCACAGUGAUAGAGUUUUCAGCGGAAGAGCGGAAAACCUUGAGGCAGUUCCCGGACGACGAGGCCAAGUUGCUGCAGAAGGACCCCAAGAAGAAACCCAUGACCAAGCGUGUUCGAAGCGUUGGGUACAGGGUGAAGAAGAAUCGCAACCGCAAUGUGGCGCGCAAGAUGGCGAGGAAGAACCGACCAGCCUUGGUUCUGAAGGAAAACACUGAAGUGAACGCAGAUGAAGAUGAUGAUGAAAUGGAAGAGGUCUACAUCGAAGAGCCUGAUGAGCCUCGAGACCGACCAGGCAGAGGAGACCCCGAUGGUGGAGCUGGAUCGGCUCCUGCUGCAGUCUACAGCUUGGGGGCCUCUGACGACUGGCGAAAAUGGGAACGAGCAGAGUUGAACAUCGACACCGGUGCUGCCAUCACUGCAGUACCACUUGACUUCGCCAAGGACUACCCGAGGAGCGAGUCCAAUGGAGCAAGCUACAAGGCAGCCAAUGCGGAACCCAUCGAAGAUCAGGGAAGUGUGAAGCUGGUGGGAUACGACGAAUCUGGCAACAAGAUCCCAAUCGAUUGCCGAGUUGCAGAUGUGCAUCGGCCACUUCUUUCAGGUUCCGAGAUCGCCAAGAACUACCACAUCGCCCUUGGACCAUCUUCGGGGAGAUUGAUCCCAAGAAACACUCCUGCGGGACGGGCCUAUUCGAAGGCCAUGAAAGAUCUGAUCCGAGAUUAUGGCGAUUCAAUGCCCAUUGUGCACAAUCGCCGAGGCAUCUAUGUGUUGGACUAUUGGGUGUCACCUUUUCAGGGGCAUCCUCAAGAGGAGUAA